AUGAAAGAUAUGUUUGCAAUAUAUAAAAGAAACAUUCAGUUGGUGGCAGUACUGCACCUAAAAGCUGGUUUAAGCAAGCAAGAAGAAGACGACAUAACGCUCAACCAUGUGCAGGUGUUCUGCGAUUCACCCUCUUUUAGGGUGAAUGUUCCUGACAGGUAUUUGCUGGCAAUCCGGGGUCGUCCAGCUGUUCUGGGCUGUGAGUUCACACCUGAUCCUGACCUCUCCAGCCUGGUGAUUACCUGGCAAAGAUCGGAGAACUCACAGGUUGUCCACAGUUUCUAUUAUCAGCAGGACCAACUGGACAGGCAGAGUCGAGAAUUCCAUAAUCGGACAUCAUUGUUUAUUUCAGAGCUUGGUAAAGGAAAUGCCUCUCUUAGAAUUAAUUCAGUUUUACCUAAGGAUGCCGGUCAAUACCUUUGCCAAGUGAGCAAUGCUAAAGGGACAGGAAGAGCCCAGAUAGAGCUGGACUACGGGGCGCUUUACUCCGAGCCUAAGUUUUACAUUCAUGUGAACUCCACAACUGUGACAGUGCAGUUUGAGACGGAGGGAUUCCCCAAACCUGAGGUGAUCUGGCUGGGGGAACACGGCCAGAACCUCAGCUAUCACCUGGAGCUCCAUGACCAGACAGAAGAUGGGCUUUAUGUAGUUAAGAGCAGUUUUGAGGCCCAGAAGCCAGUGGUUAAUGUCACAUUUACACUAAAGAACAACCUCCUGAACCAGUACCUUCAGAGACCCCUGUUCCUCAGCUAUGUUUCAAAUGAGGCUGGAGAUAGAAGCUGGAAGAUGGCGGCAAUAAUUUCUCUAUCAAUAAUAAGCGUCAUUCUUUUUGCUGUUGUGAUGUUUUUACGAUUCAGAAAACCAAUAAAACUCUACCUAUGAACCUCCAA